CCUGAAUAGAUUAUAGCUUUGCUUCUUGCAGCACACUACCUGAUCGACUACCAUGGCGUACGGCGGCCGGCGUACCUAUAAAGGUGGCUUCCAUUGUUGCAAAAGCACAUCCACUGUUUGCAGGAUCAACGACAGUGAUCUGCAGCUGAUCGACUAGAAUGUUCUUCUCUGGGUUCUCGUACCAGCACCACGAGCUGCCAGGUAGUAGCCCCGGCGGUCAUGCUGCCGCUCCGUACGACGGCGGCGACGACCACAACCUCACGGUGCUCCUCACCUUCGGCAUCUUCUUCUCCUUCAUCCUCCUCUACCUCGUUGCCGGCGUCAUCUGGGCCUCCGUCGCCACCGCCUGCGCCGUCGCGCUCGCGUUCUGCUACCUCAAGGCCCGGCGGCGCGCCGCGCUGAGGCGUGGGGCGGCCAUGCGAGCGGCAGCUGCCCGAAGCCGCGGAGAUGUCGCCGCCGUCGUCGUGUCGGCGAUCCCGGCGUUUGCGUACAAGCGGGAGGGCGCCGGCGGCGGCGGGGACGCGACGGGGUGGGCGCAGUGCGUGAUAUGCCUGGGGCUGGUGCAGGUCGGCGAGGUGGUGCGGCGGCUGCCGGCGUGCAAGCAUCUGUUCCACGUGGAGUGCAUCGACAUGUGGCUGCGCUCCCACUCGACUUGCCCCAUCUGCCGCGCCGCCGUCGUGCCCACCGACGGCCAGCCGGAGCCGGAGCCGCCGGUUUGAUCGGUUGAUUGUGGCCACCGGGCUCUGGGUGAGGUAGCUAGUUCUGCACUUGUUAGGUUGUAAAAUUAUAUAGCU